CUAUCGUCUGUUCAUCUACUCAAAGCCAUCACUCAGCUUUCCAGUUACAAGCAAUUGGCUCCCCAGCUGCCACUACGGUCAAACAUCACGUGUUCGUCACGGAACUCGGAGUCUUCGGACCAGCCUCCCAUCUUUGAGCUCCGUAAGCUUGAUCGUGACAUACAUAGCCGACUCAUACCGAAAGCUUAUCUCUCUAUACCUUGAACUGGACUCAAUUCCAUCUCAUCUCAUCUUAAAAAUAGAGAUCACAGGUUAAACUAAAACAAAGACGUCUGACAUAAGGAAAAAUGACAGGCACUAAACUCCUCCCCGGCCAAGCCAGCCUGCCAACUCCCAACUCUACCAAAUCAUUCUGGCAUAGCCAACCCUCUAAGAUUUUACUCGGGCAUCGAACAACCGAGGCGUUACCUACUGAAGCUGAUCUGGUGAUUGUGGGGAGUGGAUUGUCUGGGACGAGUGCUGCUCAUUUUGUGCGUGAAGAUGAGGUGGGGAAGGCCAUGAAGGUUGUGAUGUUGGAGGCGAGGGAGGCAUGUUGGGGUGCGACUGGACGGAACGGCGGCCACUGCCAACCAUUCAUUUACGGCAAUCCCCCAGCUGUCGGCGCUUUCGAGAUGCGCAACUAUCAGCACAUCAAAUCUUUCAUCGCCACACACAACAUUCCCUGUGACUGGCGAACUCUUUCUGUAGCACACGCCUACAUGGACUCAACGAUGUUCCAACACUCAUUAUCUAUUUUUCAAGACCUCUUAGAACAAGAUCCCUCAAUGUCAGACCUUGUCUCCGUCAUCACACCACAAUCCACCAAUCCAUCACUAGCCGAGUUGAGGAUCCCCACGGCUGCAGGUGCCUUUCUGCAGAAACACGCUGCAAGCGUAUGGCCAUAUAAACUCGUUUCUUGGAUGCUAGAACGAUUACUCGACGGCAAUGAAAAGGACAACCCGAACUUCAACCUCCAAACCAACACCGCCGUAACCCAUCUCCAAAAAGCACCCGACGGAUCCUGGAUAGUCCACACGUCCCGCGGCAUGAUAGCUACCAAGAAAGUCCUUCUCACUACCAACGCAUACACAUCUCAUCUCCUCCCCUCGUUCAGCGACCUAAUCGUACCCGUCCGAGGCGAGAUGAGCAGUCUCAUCCCACCAUCUACCAUGAAGCCUGGGAGUGAAGAGAACCCGCCAUUGGAGUACUCGUACGGCUUCAUCGGGAACGGUAGGCAGAAUAGACAUCAAGACGACUAUCUGAUCCAGCGUCCGUAUUCCAAGGAUAAGGAUAGCAGCAGCGCGGGUGGAGGCGAACUCAUGUUCGGGGGUGGCAGAUCGUAUGCUGCGAAUGCGGGACUGGGCGUCUCGGACGACUCGUCGAUUGAUCUACCUGCUGCUGAGUAUCUCCGGAAAGAGAUUACUGUGAUAGUUGAUAUUAAGAGCGAAGAAAAGAAGCUGAAGGCUACUUAUGAAUGGAGUGGGAUUAUGGGGUACUCGCGGGAUGAUCGGCCGUGGGUUGGUGAGGUUACGGAGGAGUUGGGCCUUGGUGGGGGAGAGGGGUUGUUUGUUUGUGCGGGAUUUACGGGGCAUGGGAUGCCGAAUACGUGUUUGAGUGGGAAGGCGGCUGUGGAGUUGAUUUUGGGGAGGAAAAGUGAGGAGGUGGAUUUGCCGGAGUCGUAUCGGUUAAGUAGGGAGAGGGUGGUUAAGGCGAGGAUGUUGGAUGAGGUUCAUAUUGUGGAUGCAAAGGGAUGAUUGUGACCUUCUUGAUGGUUUAUAUGGUGUCUCAAUAGAAGC